CACAACGCUCCGCGAAUAAGGAUUCGGCCAUUUUCCACAAUGCUGCUGCUGAAUGUCGCUGGGCUCGUCUGCUCCAUCCUCGGGUUUAUCCUCCUGGUGACUGGGAUCUCCACUGACUUCUGGUUGGUGGACUCCAUAUACCAUGCCGGACUGUGGGAAAUUUGUACAAAAGACAUGUGUUUGGAUAUUGUGGGGCCCGGAUACAUCAACGCCACCAGAGGGCUUCUGAUUUUCUCCGCCGUACCUCUCACCUUUGGGAUCAUAUUUUCCUGUCUUUCAUUUAUGAAGAUUCGUGUAGGAAGAAUCACCGCCUGCCUCGCGUCCGCCAUCCUGGAGGUCUUAGCAGCCCUGUUUAUCGCCAUUGGGAUGUCCAUCUAUUUGUAUAACAUAUCAGACUACAACAAGAAUUUCAAGAGUUUCCAUUACCAGUGGUCCUUCUACCUGUGCUUGGCCGCCAAGGGGCUUCUCAUCAUUUCAGGAGCAUGUCACACUCGGGCUCAUCGGUUAUGGACACUACCUGGAUAUGAGUCGGUGUAAGCAGUGCUAUGGUCCUGCCCUUCAUCAUUAUCAUCUGCUUUUUUCUUUGCAUUGCACCAUGUUCAUUGCACUACUGUAUACAGAUGAAUAAUACCUUGGUCACAUGAUGCUCCCAACCAAUGGUUGAAGAAUAAGUCCCUAGUCCAACCUCCCUCUCCCAGUUUAAGGGGUGGACCCAAACCUAUUAGAACCGAUCUAGGCCUGGCUUAUCCCAAAGCACCAUUUCCCAGCUCUGCUCUUGCUGGGUAGUCCAGUCAGUCAGCACAGGGCCCAUAUUUCCUAGCUUAUCCUAUUACUAGGCAUACAUACAUCCUAUUACUAGGCAUACAUACAUCUAGACUACAUGAGUUUUCACUCAAUUGCUCAUGUUCUUUAUCUCCAAAAAAUGAAUUUUUUUUUCAGACAGCGAGAAUAAGGCUGAACAAGGGCCUCUCCGCAAUACACCAAUCUCUUUGUUAGCCUCUGGUCGGUGUUAGUUCUGCUCGGCUCUCAUUUUAUAAGAAGUUUUCCUCCCAUGUCCUUCCAGGUUUCAUAUAGGAAAUCAAAGAUGUGUUAAAAAAAAAAAUAAGUCUACAUAUUGUACCACGAUAAGCCGACCUGUGAAGAUCCUCGUCAGUCGUUUCGGUAAGUUAGACUGAGAACAUAUUAGACUGUGAACAUUUGUACCUGUAUUAUUCAUUACACGUACACAGGCUAUAAAGCACCUCAAAGAUUGCUAAAUUUAGUAAAAUUUCUUAAAAAGUAACACUUAAAGGGACAGUGACCAAAUAUCCAUU